UGUUUGUUUCCCCCUCCCCUACACACACACACUCUCGUUUCCCAGAAUGCAUAGCGAACCUCAGCAGCAAGAUGGCGGACGCUAUGGAGGAGUAUGAGAAAGAAGCUGGCUGCGUCCCUAUUCUCCAUCCAGAGGAAAUCAAACCCCAGAGUCAUUACAACCACGGCUACACCGAGAAUGUCAGCCGUAAGAACCAUGUGGAUGACUACAGCACCUGGGACAUCGUCAAAGCCACACAGUACGGCAUCUUCGAGCGCUGCAGGGAGUUGGUGGAGGCGGGCUUCGAUGUUCGGCAGCCAGACAAAGAAAACGUAACACUCCUCCACUGGGCCGCCAUCAACAACAGGAUAGAUUUGGUCAAGUACUACAUAUCAAAGGGAGCCAUAGUGGAUCAGCUGGGAGGAGAUCUCAACUCCACGCCUCUGCACUGGGCCACCAGACAAGGCCACCUAUCCAUGGUGGUGCAGCUCAUGAAAUACGGCGCAGACCCAUCUUUGAUCGACGGCGAGGGAUGCAGCUGCGUUCACCUGGCCGCGCAGUUCGGCCACACCUCCAUCGUGGCCUACCUUAUCGCCAAAGGACAGGAUGUGGACAUGAUGGAUCAGAACGGCAUGACUCCUCUGAUGUGGGCGGCUUACAGGACACACAGCGUGGACCCCACCCGGCUGCUACUGACCUUCAACGUGUCCGUCAACCUGGGCGACAAAUAUCACAAGAACACAGCGCUGCACUGGGCCGUGCUGGCCGGCAACACCACCGUCAUCAGCCUGCUGCUGGACGCCAACGCUAACGUCGACGCACAGAACAUCAAGGGUGAAACACCGCUAGAUCUUGCCAAGCAAAGGAAGAACGUUUGGAUGAUCAAUCACUUACAGGAAGCGCGGCAGGCCAAAGGCUACGACAGCCCGUCCUACCUGAAGAGACUGAAGAUGGACAAGGAGUUCAGGCAGAAGGUGAUGCUGGCGACACCCUUCCUGGUCAUCUGGCUCGUCGGUUUCAUCGCUGACCUGGACAUCGACUCCUGGCUGAUCAAGGGCCUCAUGUACGCCGGCGUCUGGGUCACCGUGCAGUUCCUCUCCAAGGCGUUCUUCGAUCACUCCAUGCACAGCGCUCUCCCUCUAGGGAUCUAUCUGGCCACCAAGUUCUGGAUGUACGCCACCUGGUUCUACUGGUUCUGGAACGAUCUCCCCUUCGCUACCGUCCAUCUGCCCUUCCUGAUAAACACCGUGGCUCUGUUCUACAACUUUGGCAAGUCCUGGAAGUCUGACCCGGGAAUCAUCAAAGCAUCAGAGGAGCAGAAGAAAAAGACAAUUGUGGAGUUGGCAGAGACAGGCAGCCUGGAUCUGAGCAUAUUCUGCAGUACCUGCUUGAUACGGAAGCCCAUCAGGUCCAAACACUGCGCCGUGUGCAACCGCUGCAUCGCCAAGUUCGACCACCACUGUCCCUGGGUGGGGAACUGUGUCGGAAGUGGGAAUCACCGCUACUUCAUGGGUUACCUGUUCUUCCUGCUCCUCAUGAUCUGCUGGAUGAUAUACGGCUGCAUCUGCUACUGGAGGAUCCACUGCGCCACCAGUUAUGCGAAGGAUGGUUUCUGGCUCUACCUGACCCAGAUCGCCUCCUGCUCUCCCUGGAUGUUCUGGAUGUUCCUCAACAGUAUCUUCCACUUCAUGUGGGUGGCAGUGCUCAUCAUGUGUCAGCUCUAUCAGAUCGCGGCUCUGGGAAUCACCACCAACGAGAGGAUGAACGCUCGGAGAUACAAACACUUUAAAGUCACAGCCACGUCCAUCGAAAGCCCCUUCAACCACGGCUGCUUCAGAAACCUCAUAGAUUUCUUCGAGAUCCGCUGCUGCGGUCUGAUCCGACCCGUGGCGGUGGACUGGACCACGCAGUACACAAUAGAAUACGACCAGACGUCAGGCUCGGGCUACCAGCUGGUGUAGAGGAGGAGGAGGAGGAGGAGGAGGAAGAAAUGGGGGGGAAGGGGAGCAGCUGGAUGGAAGCAAGGAAGGAAGGAAGGAUGGAUGACCCUCCCCAUCCCCCCCAUCCCCCUCUCCAGCGUUCAUAUCACAGCGAUGCUGUUCUCGGGAGCGCUUGCUUUUUUCGGACCAUCUCUCCCACAACCGAUCAAAAGACUUCAAAAAAAAAAAAAUCAGCCAGGACUAGCAUGCUGUUACGGGGCAACACCACACCUACACCCCCCCCCUCUCCGCCCUCACCACCUUUACUACUAUUACUACUACUACUACUAUUCUACAGACUUCAUUACUGCUACCCCCCCACCCCUCCACCUCGCCUCUUCUCCUGAGCCCUUUGGACGGUGCGUCGCUGCCAGGCACGAGACGGAGAGGAGAGAGAGGCCGAGAGGAAUUACAAAAAUAAAAGUUGGUACCGGAGACGUGGCCGCCGCGGAGACGGCAGCACCGUGACGUCGUGGCAGUAUCCCUUCCCCUACUUUAUAUAUCCUUAUUUAUGGUGUCCCUGUUGAUGUGCCCUGUAUGUAUUUUUUUUUGUUUUUGAUUGGUUCAGGUACUUCCUGUGAUAGUUAACCGUGGGAAGCUGAAGGAUGUGUUUUUUUUAAACCAUGAAUCUAUAAUAGAGAUAAGGGAAUGUCUUUUUAAAAGGUCUUGAUUUUUGCACCGUGAUGAGUCGAGCUGAUUUGCCAACAUAGUUGAACUGAUCAGAGCGAAAGCGUCGGGUUCCAGGUGGAGCCGCUGGAGGAGUCCCGACAUGCUGAAAUAUAAAAGCUGGGAUUAAGCGACUCCUCCAGCGGCGACCGCCGUAGACGCGACCGCAGAUAUCCUACAGACAAUGUGAUACAGGUCUAUUUAUUUUAAAAACUAUUUAUAGAUAAAAUAACUAUGUUCGAGAGCGCCAUCGUUUUUACAUUUCACAUCAUUUUUUAGUAGGUUUUUAUGAGAACAAAUAAUUCAACCUGUAGCCGUUUUGACAUGGAAAAGCCCGGGAGACGUUAACCAUAAAAUCUCUAUAUAAUAAUAGACAGCGAGUGUAUUUAUUAACAGCAAGAGUUGAGUGUAAAGAGAAAAAAAGUACGGUUUACAAAGAAAGGUUCAUUCCAUGUGUGUGUUUUCCUCUGUAAAGUCUUAUUUGUUUUGUUUGUCUGCCAACAUUGCACUGAUCAUUUUUUGUUUUGAAAGUUUUUUUUGGCUGUUACUGAACACAAGGGCCCAGCAGCGCCGCUUCACACCGACGCUCCCAUUGUUUACAGAGAAGAUGAAGAGGAGGAGGAGGAGGAAGGCCCAUCAGACAUGGCCGACUCCCAUCACUUCCUGUCUGGACCCCCCGCGCCCGCAAUCAGCAGCAGCAGGAUGGACUGAAGUGUAAAGAAUGUGCACCUUGUACAUAAAACUAUCUUUCUCUGUAACUCUUUCUUUUCGUCAGUGUUAGUUUGAAGGUGCUCCUGGAUUAUUUUUUAUUUUUUCGGGGGGGAUUUCUUCCAAGAAAGAAGAAAAAUCAAGUGACUAUACUCCAAGUGUAUGACCGUAGCUUCUAGUGAUGUCCGACACUGCUGUCUAUAGGCAUUUUAACCCCUUAAAUACCUUCAAAUCCCUGCCAAGAAACUCUCCACUGCAUGUACGAUGCUUGGGACAGCUGGGCUCUCGCCGUCCCCCUUCCCCCCCAACCCCAUAGUCGUCACCGUGGUGACAGCCCGGCAAGCCACGUGUCUGUAUAUAGUGAAUGUUAAGUAUUUGCAAGUACUUUUCUGCAUUCAUUUGUCUGUUUUUUUUAUUAGUUUCUUUCUAAAUCCAGUGUGUUUAGUGGAACUUUUUCAGGACGCCGCCGCCGCCAGUCGAGGCUCCUCCUGUGCAAGUGUGUAAUAUAUUUGAAUGUUCCAUGCUUGUGGACUCUGUAGUCAUCCUAAAGAGUUUUUAUUUUUGGGUUUUAUUUCUCUGUCAUAUAUCGCUGGGUUUGUUAUACCACUGGAUGUACAAAUUGUAAAGCAAAGACACUAGAGAACUAAAGGCAGACGCCAAAUUUCUUUUUUUCCCGUUUUUCUAAAAAGCUGAAAUGUGAUCAUGCAAUAGUUUUAAGGAUGGAGAGAGAGAGAGAGGAGGUUAUAUAUUACAUUAAAGGCCUCCGGUUGAACUUUUGGGCCUCAUGUUUGCAUCAUCAGAAGGGGACGGUUAUGUCAUCAUCAUUCAUGUUUCACCCCCCCCACCCCUCCACCCAUCUCGCUUAACCAACCACUGAUGUCAUUUCUGCCCUACGAUGAAGACGACACAGCCGCUAGUUUUUGCGCGCUUUAAAAGGCUUUAAAUGAUUUCAUAUCAGUACCACUUGUGUUGUAAUAAUGCCUUUUGAAGUGACAGGAGGUAAAAGCGGUGUUUUUUUGUUUUCUAGGGCAGCAACCCCCCCCCCAACCCAGCUCAUCCAGGACAUGAAAUCAAAGGCGUUUCAGUCCUCACUUAGUUCUUCCAGCAGCCUGAAAAGUCUCUGUUCUGUCCCCCCCCUCUCACUUCACCUCUAUCAUGUGGGAUAAUAAAAUAAAAAAUGAACAAAAAAAAGAUAAAGCACAUAAUCAUCUCCAGUGCCUCUCUGCCCACCUUCAGACAUCACUGUAACUCCGCUUCAGAUGUAAACAUACGGGCAUGGUUCAGUUUUAAUGGCUUUAAUAAUAAAAUACAGUCAAAUGUGAA